AUGUCCCGCUCUUUCUAUGUCGACUCCUUAAUCAUCAAAGACUCCUCGAGGCCGGCGCCGUCCCUGCCUGAGCAUCACCACGGCCAGGACUUCUUCAUCCCUCUCAGCAUGCCUUCCCCCCUCGUCAUGUCGGUGUCGGGCCCGGGCUGCCCGUCCCGCAAGAACGGCGCCUUUUGCGUCUGCCCGCUCUGUGUCACCUCGCACCUGCACUCCUCCCGCGGCGGCGGGGGCGGCGGCGGCGGCGGCGGCGGGGCCAUCCCCCUGCUCAAGAGCCAGUUCCCCGCCGCCGCCGCCGCCGCCGGCGGCGAGGCCCAGUGCUGCCCGCGGGCCGGCCACGCUCACCGCCCGCCGCAGCACCCGCCGCCCGCCGCCUCCGUGCCCGCCGCCGCCGCCGCCGCCGCCGCCCUGGGGCACCCGGCGCAUCACCCACCUGCCUGCGCCGCCGCCACCGCCUACAGCGUCAGCGACCCCAGGAGGUUUCACUGCCUCGGCAUGGGAGGGUCCGAUUCCAGCCAAAUUCAAAACGGGAAAAGGAUGAGGACAGCGUUCACCAGCACCCAGCUCUUGGAGCUGGAGAGGGAAUUCUCUUCCAACAUGUACCUGUCCCGGCUGCGGCGGAUCGAGAUAGCCACCUACCUGAACCUGUCCGAGAAGCAAGUGAAAAUCUGGUUCCAAAAUAGGAGGGUGAAGCACAAGAAAGAAGGCAAAGGCACCCAGCGAAACUCGCACGGGGGCUGCAAGUGCAGCACCAGCCAGGGGCAUUACCCCAGGUCGGAGGACGAAGAGUCUCUGUCCCCGUCAUCGGCUACCGAGGAUAAAGAGAUCUCCCCGCUAUGAGCCCGGCCCGGAGCUCGGCUCCCGCCGCCGAGUGCCGGCCCGGAGCGGGUCCCAGCCCGGCGGCUCACCUGGCCCCGCCGCCCCGGGGACGGCAGCCCGCCGGCCUGCAGCGGGCCGGCCCUCGCCCGCCGGGAGGUCCGUUUUCAUCCCUUCGCAGUAAUAGAGAGAUGAUAUAUACAUAUAUUUUUUGGAAUGUAAAUGUUUUAGUCGCGAGAGUUCAACUAAAACCUUAUUUAUGUAACCCCAGGAGCGGGCACCUGCUCUUCCUAACAUGUACCACGGGACUGGACUCGCACGGCCCAGGGUGCCUCCCCGCCCUCCCCCCGGCAGUUUAAAGGAAAAAAAAAAAAAAAAAAAGAAACAAAUCGUAUUUGGAACCGAAAGACGAGACGUUAAAAAACUGAAAAGCAAACAAAAACCUGUAGGGCUUAGGACCUCCUGGACGGACUUCUUAACAAAAAUAAGGAAGGAAAGAAAAAUCGAUCGUUUGGGUUUGGGACAGCGGUUUGUUUGUUUGUGAAUAGUUUUAUAUAAAAUUUAUAUUUAUAUUUAUUUAAA